AUGCGCUUCCAACUCGAGCAGCCCCUCCCUGCCCUCGUCGACGCCAAAUUCACCGCGGCCGCGGAGAAGCAGAGCCUGACCUUCUCCGCCACCGAAGUCUGCGUGAUCCGCACCACCUCAGGAGUACCGUUCCAACUCCGCUACUGCCCCGCCCUUGCGAAGAAGCCCGCCGCCUCACCCCCCGCCGAUGCGCCGCCCGCCGAUGACGCGCCCAAGAAGAGAUUCGACCCGUUCGAGGCGCCGGACGACGACCUGCUGGUCGCCGCCGUGCCCGAGCCCGCCGCGCCGUCGCACAUCCUCGUGCUGAACAAGUACCCCGUCAUCCGCGACCACCUGAUCAUCGCGACCAAGGACGACAAGCCGCAGACGCAGCUGCUGGAGCAGGACGACCUUGACACCACCUAUGCCGCGCUGGGCGAGUGGGAGCGCGCCAAGAAGGGGCCGCUGUUUGCCUUCUUCAACUCGGGCGAGCACAGCGGCGCCAGCCAGCCGCACCGCCACCUCCAGUUCCUGCCCGUCGACAACAUGCGCAGCGGCGCCGACACUGACGGCUGGGACCUGCUGGUCGACCGCAUCCUAAAAUCGCCGCAUUCUGUCUCCACCGGCUUCAUCUCCGACACGUCCAUCCCGUUCGCGCACUUCGCGUCGCGCAUCCCGCCCAACGCGUCCGGCCCGGAGCUGCACACCAUCUACACGGCGCUGCACAGCACGGCCGUUGAGUUCGUCCGCAAGUACAUUGCCUCGCAUCCGCAAACGCCGCUGGCGCUGCACUCGACGGCCAACGCCGCGUCGUCGAUAAGCUACAACAUGGCCCUCACCACCGAGGCCAUGGUCAUCGCUCCGCGCCGGCGCGGCGGCGACGCCCUCCGCAACGAAGACGGCUCCGAGCUGCUCGGACCCGACGAUCUCGUCGAACUCAACGGCACCGUGCUGGCCGGCACCCUGAUGGUCAAGGAGCAGGAGCAGUGGGACUUGCUGAGGAGCGAGCCGCGGGCGCUGACGGACCUGCUGGAGGCCACGGGCAUACCGUGGGGUGAUAAGGCAAGUUCGUUGUAA